UCCUCCACACCCCCCGCGGCUGUCGAAGGCACCCAGCGCACACUUCCUUGAACUCUGCUUCAUGUUCGUAGACCUCGGAUCGGCAGAGGGGUGGAAGCCGCUGCCGGACGGAGCGCAUGAAGCCCGUCGGAUACAUCAGCAGCAGCAGCAGCCUCCUGUCUUGACGAGCGAUGGACGGAGCGGUCCUCCACAUGCAGAGGAGCGAGGUGUCCGAGCUGACAUGGGGCUACGAUGAAGGAAUGGAGUGGGGCCUGCUCUUCCCGGACGCGAAUGGCGAGAACCAGUCGCCCAUCAACAUCAACUCCCGCGAGGCGACCUUUGACCCGAGCCUCCUGACCGCCCCGCUCUGCCUCUCUUACCUGACGUGUCGCGAGUGCGAGGUGCUCAACGAUGGACACUCCCUGCACAUCCACAUCCGCUCCAAGUCGGUGACGACAGGUGGGCCCUUUCCCAUUGGCCAGGAGUUUGAACUGUCCCACAUUUGCUUCCACUGGGGUAAAGAAGACCAGCGAGGCUCGGAGCACACCGUGAACUUCAAAGCCUUCCCCAUGGAGUGCCACCUUAUUCACUGGAAUGCCACUUUGUACAAAAACAUAGAGGACGCCAUGGGCAAAGAAAAUGGGAUUGCUAUUAUUGCUCUGUUUGUUCAGAUAGGUCGAGAGCACCUGGGACUCAAAGGGUUGACCGACAUUCUUCAGGAAAUCCAAUACAAGGGAAAAGCGAAGACAAUACCUUCGCUCAAUCCAAAUACUCUGUUGCCAGACCCCCUGCUGCGGGACUACUGGGUGUACGAAGGUUCCCUGACGACGCCUCCGUGCUGCGAGAACGUGCUGUGGCUUCUCUUUCGAUACCCGCUCACCCUCUCCCACGCCCAGAUCGAGGAGUUCCGGAGGCUGCGCACGCACAGCAAGGGGGUGGCGCCUUCCGACGGCUGCGAUGGUCAACUCGGGGACAACUUCCGACCGACUCAGCAGCUCAACGACCGUGUCAUCCGCGCUUCCUUCCCCUGACGCACGCUCACACUUUUAUCAGCCAGAGACUCGCCACCGCCACCACCACCACCCCACCCCCCUCCUCCCCUCCCCCCCUCCCACAAUUUACGUGAGUAGACGCGCGCUCAAUAUCCGGCGAGGUUGCAUCACGCUGUGUUCAGGGCGCUGCUUGAAUCGCCGUCGUUAUCGCAAGGUUGCGAUUUCAAAUUUCGGAUCCGGGGUGGGUGGAGGUCGACUCAGCCGAUCACGCGUGCGGUGCGGAGUUUGCGAUGACGCGAGUAACAUUUUUUGCGGGAGGCGUUCAUCCUCAGGAUAGACUGGACUCCACCGGGGGAAUGUGGAAUUGUUGCCACCGAUUUUGAGCCGCCUAUAGAGACGAGUGCCCUCCCACACUCGCAUUAACCGAGAUACUCCGACGCGACUUUGCCAUUCAUUCACGGCUCGUUGCCAAUGUGCCGCUGCGUGAAGACUUCCCCAUUGUGGGUCACGGGGGGUUGUUUGACCUGACCUGAGCCAUGCUGGUCAGUGCGGGUUUGUUGAACGCUGGACCCGGAAAAUCAAUUCGAACAUUGUCCGCCAAUGAUCCGGAAUCGAUGUUCAGGCAGCCGGUUUCGCAGUCCACUUUGCAAACCACUGCACCACCGCUCCUGUCUGUCACUAGAUUAUUUGCACGUAAUUAGACUCUGCCCGUGGAAAUUCACGUUUCUACUGUAUGUAUCCACGAAGAUGAAUGUGUAAUAAAAGAAAAGCGUGAAAUAUAUUGUGCGUUCAACGAUAUAUAUCAGUACAGAUGGGUGUGCGAACGUGUGUGUGUUAUAAAUCACGAGCGAUAUAUUUGGUUUGUGUAUAUGAAAGUUGGUCGAGUGAAACAUUAAUAAAAACAGGAAUGAUUGUUUUUCUCACCAGCAGGAAAAGAAAACAUCAGUGUUCCAGCCAGCUGGUCUUCUUUAACAAACGUGCAUAUACACGUUUCUGUAUAUACAUACCAAACAUAGCAUACGUAUAUGUUGAUAUGCUCUGUAUACUAUUUUCUCAUGGAUAAUGAUUUGUACAGUGUAUGUUCAAAACAGAUCUGAUAUAUCGUGUACAGCUGUUUAAAGAUCACGAAUCGGAUUAAAAGCGGUAACCAAGGUAACAUUGGAUAAUGAACACAUAACCAGAAGAGGCUACAAGAAGCAUUUCCAGAAGGGAGACACAAAGGUGUCCCUUGGCGUGUUCCACAUUUGUUCCGUGUAAAAGUUCUCAUUGUAAGUGAUGUAAUAAAAAAAAACCCAAAUGGUUUUAAAUUUGGUCUCGAGAAAUUGUAUGGCUCAUUUUGCGAAUAAAAACGUCCAAUUUGUAAUGUGCUAUAAGGAAUCGGUUUAAUGCAUUUGCAAUAAAUACACUACAGGCCAUUAAACUUCACAACAUAUUUAUUGCUGCGUUGUGCAAUUUGUCCAAAACAAUGUUUGGCGUUCGUUACGAUAUCCCAAAUCCUUUAUUUUUUGUUCAUUGUACGGGGAAUAUGAGCACGUGUGACUGCUUCUGCUGGUGCCCAAACGUUGCCAAUAUGGCAUUCAUUAAAAUAAUACCUGUCUUGAAAUAUCAAAGUCAUAUUUAUAAAGACUAUAUUUUUCAAAAAAUAUGUACUCAACUCUGUAAUGGGGGGGGUGAGCAUGCUUGAGCAACAAAGUUAAUUAAAUUUGAUUUACUGUGGCAGGUACGUAAGCAGACUGUUUCCUGCAAUGCGGUUUUUGGCAGCUCAGCCAGUGACGCCUUUGCAUGCGUGCCAGUGCCCGUACCGUAUGUUAAUUAAAAUAUUACAUCAAUCAGACGUUAUAUUUGUUGCUAAUUCCUUUUUUUUAUUAAAACAAUGACAACGUAUCUCUAUUUUUUGUUAGUCAGGUGAAUUAAGUUUCCUGUUUCAAGAAGAUCAGUGGCGCGCUGUCCAAUAAUUUAAUUGACGUACCGAGGAGAAUGGGUUGAUUCUUAGGGGAUGAUAACGUCACGCGUGUGAUGUCAUGGUUGAGCGUCGCACCGGAUCUGGCAAGGCGGUGAGCACGAUCGGUAAAAAUUGGCACAGGAAAAAAUGGCACAAGUGGUAAGUAGGAAAAAAUGGCACAAUGAAACGGCACUAUUUACAGUUAUAAGUACUGUACUAACAGUUAUAUACAGAUCUGAAUGAAAGAGAUGAUUAACCAUAACCCGUUCACUGUGCCAUUUUUCUCUAGUUUUCACUUGUGCCUUUUUUUCCUGUGCCAUUCUUUUUUUUUUUACCGGCCACCCAUUGAGCACGCUUCACCAUUGCUUCCCGGGAAAUUGCUCGCGAAGAAUUGGCACAAGAGCCCUUGCAAGGGCAGCUGCUAAUGGCGGUCAUGAAUGAUUUUUUUUGUUAGUUAGGGAGCGUCAUUCAUGGCAAUGCGCUGUAAAGUUUGUGAAGCGCACGGUUGUCUGCACAGAGCACCGGGCAACCGCAGGCCAGCGGCAAGGCAGCCAGAAAUCGGCGACGGCAAUUGCCCAAGCUCUGUGGUCCUACGUUGGCAUAUAUUUGGCCAACUCGAUUUGUGAGUAUAGAUGUGGAAGGGGAGCGGUGCACAAAGAGAAAACGCAUGUGUGCGAGGGGUAUAACAUUCAUUCCCCAACACGUGAAAAUGAACUCACUUUUGCUGUACUACCGACGCCUGGCAAGGCAGGAAAUGGUUGACCAUCCGGUGCCUUUGCGUCGGGAGGGCAUUUUCGCAAAAUUUGUCAUCCACCAACCCUCGCCUCCAAAGUGCUGGUCUACAGGUGUACGCCACCAGCGCCUGGCUAACGAAUAGUUCUGGUCAACAUUUAAAAAAUGUGCUAAAAGUGCUAAAUUUGGUACAGAUGAAGCUACGGAAUGGCAGCUAUUGAAACAAGCUGAAUUCGAGGCCCUAGGUUGGAGGGAUGUUCACCAUGCCUCGACUAUUAUUCACCAUUAUACUUUGUGUGCAUGAUAUGUGGACUGAUACCUGAAAUGUUGUCUUGUAUCUUGCCAAGUAUAUGUAUGAUGUCAUCACAGUUGAACAAUUGUUAUAUAACUGGUUUACCCAGGAGAGGCUCACUGAGUGUUACGACUUUUACAGGAGGGUCCUGCCAAGUUUUCACAGAAUGGGGCAAUGUUGCUAUGCAUUUUCUUAAUUGGGUAAUUUAUAGGUAAUUUUCCAACAUUCAGAUGUCUGGCCAUUUCCAGUUACAUCGUGUGCAUUGUCCUAGCUAUGGGAAGAAACAAGUUAACCCAGAGGAAA